AUGACUACCAGACCUUUUCGAGCCAUCAUCGUGGGUGGUGGCCCCGUGGGCCUGACAGCCGCCCAUGCCUUCGCCUCGGCCAACAUUGACUUUGUCGUCCUCGAGGCUCGCAACACAUGCACACCCGAUGCUGGAUCAAGUUUGGUCCUGAACCCCGCCUCUCUACGGAUCUUCCACCAACUGGGUCUGGAGGAGAAGGCCAGACAGGCAUCAGCAGAGCAUGAGCGGGCCGUUCUCGUGAAAUCCGAUGGAAAGGUCAGAAAGGACGUCAGACCGUUCCAUGCUUUCGACGAAAGCGUGGGGCAGAGACCAAUGACCUUCCAUCGACAGGACGUCCUAAAGAUUCUGCUGGACAAUCUAUCCCCUGCCGCGCGCGAAAAGGUCCACACGAGCAAGAAAGUUGUCGACGUCAACUCGACAGCCGACGGAGUGACUGUAUUCUGUGCGGACGGCUCAACCUUCAAAGGCACCAUCGUUAUCGGGGCAGACGGCGUGUACAGCAAAACACGUGGUUUCAUGCGCAGACUCGCCCUUGAAGCGUCGCCGUCGACUCCUGUCAACGCUGAGAAGCCUUACACUGCAUGCUAUAAAUGCAUGUGGGGAACUGUCCCAAUCCCGCCUGGCUUGAGCCCAGGCGACCACCUCGACUGUCACUCUGACUCAGGGGUGUCCUCCAUGUUCCUUACCGGCAAGGACAGGGGCUGGUUCUUCCUCUUCGGUCUUCUCGACGCCCCCACGCAAGAGCGGAGGGACUACGAUGACAAGGACAUGGAGGCUUAUGCAGAGGAGCUCAAAAACCUGCACAUUGGCCCCGGAAUCGCUUUUGGGGACAUCUGGCCCACGAGACACAGCGCUGGCAUGUCCAACCUCGACGAAGGCGUUUUGGAGCACUGGAGUUGGGGCAGAGUCGUCAUGGCAGGCGACUCGGCGCACAAGGUCACCCCCAACGCCGGCUGGGGCCUGAACUCAGGCAUCCAGGAUGUCGCCGUUUUGACCAACAAGAUCGUAGCGCUUCUCGGGACAACACAGGACACGGAGCCCACACUGCCGCAAUUGGAAACGGUCUUUGGCGAAUACCAGGAGGCACGCAAAGACAACAUGCAGGCUGUGUUCGAAUUCUCUGCGACACAGACACGGCAGUCUGCGAGGGACGGGAGCUGGUCAGGGCGCAUGCACUGGCUCGUCGAGGCGGUGACGACCGUGAUCCCCAGGUUUGACUGGUUCAUGAUCAGGUACAAGGGAUCGAAGCUGGUCAGCGCGGGGCAUGCUCUGGACUUUUUGGGGGACGCAGAGCCCUUCUCGGGUGCCAUGCCAUGGGCUCAUCCCAUCCGCCCCAUCAAGACAUGA